AUGAAAAGGUUUCGAAUGUGGAACUUGUGUAUGGCGCAGAUAGACCCUCGUUUCCGUCACUACAGUAUUGGGACUCGCCCUAUUCUGAAGACGCCUUCCGGAGCUCUCUGUCGUCAUUGUAUUGCACCGCAGCUCUUGCCGGGAGUUUGGGAGGCUCACUUACGCAGCGGGAUCCCAGCAGCCAGAGACCAGCAAAAGAAGCUCACAGAGACUUGCGUCAUUGCGCACAUCGAAAACAGAUCCCUUGCGAAGAAAGCAGCCUUGCUGGAGUCUCUUGGCCGGCUGGGAGUCCCUCUGUGGGUUAACGGAAAGCCCCUCACGCACCCAGCGGUGAUACACCCAACUGUAAUUGCUGCGGAUGGGGAAGCAGUGGCUACCUCUGCACCAGUGGAGUUGGAGUUGGAAGGAGGGGCAAACAAGUCAACAGAGGUAACGAAGCCUAGCGUAAAAGCCCAGCAGGAACAAGUGCUGCAUCAGCUAAACCUGUUGAGCAUUGACCCCGGGGAAGGGCGGCAGGGUCACGACCAGCAGCAAUUCAAGCUCUGUGGCUCUGUGGCUGAGCAGCAACAGAAACAGCAGCACAAUAAGCAGCAGCAGCAACAGACUCCAAAAACAUCGCGCUCAAGCCGGCAACAACAGCGAAGGGGACAGUUGACUCGCAUGACACAGCAGCAACAGGCGCAGCAACAGCAGGCCCUGUGCGGUCAGCUGACUUCAACAUCUGUCUGCCAGGGACAAGCCGACGAGCGCUUGCUGGCUACACGCUCAGUAGCAACAAAUGCCGCAUCAGUAUCUCACACUGGAGGAGCAUCCGCAAUCGCUGCUGUUCCUCUUGGGGGCCGGCGGACUUCGUCCAACCAGCAAAGGCACCUGCCAAAGGAGAGACUCCAGAUGCACCAGCAGGAACAGCUACGGAUUCUCUCCAGCACUUCAGCAGCGGAGGAACAAAUGUUUCAUCUACACCAGCAACAGCAGCACGAGGCACGAGGACCUGGGAACGACUUCCUUCGCCUGGCUCAGGGGGUGUGGAUGGACAUGCGCCCGAUGCACCAACUGCAGCCACAACAGCAGCAGCAGCAGCACGUACAGCACCUACAUCAACUCCAACAACUGCAACAGCUGCACGAAGUGGAGCAGAUGCGCCAGGAGGAACUGCAACAGCAGCAGCAACGCGCAGGGCCACUAGAGUUAGCUUCCGCUGCUGCAGGGAGAGGACCUUGUGCCAAAUUUCCAGCAGCGGGAAACUGGCGACAGACUCAGCAGCAGCAACAGAACCCCUGUACAGAGAGCACAGCGCCUCCUGCAGGUAUUGUAUGCGGCGAAUUACAGCAGCAACGGCACCAGGCGCAAGAAGUGCAGCCACAAGAACAGCAACCACAGCAGCAGGCGCAGGAGCUCGUGUACAGCGAAGCUGAAUGCUCCUUAACUACAGUUGCCUCGUUGCCUGAGAUCAAAGAACGGCUUCCGCUACAGCAGCAGCAGCUCCACCAGCUUUGGACGCCUAGUGGAUUCACCGAGGCGGCGGGAGAUGAACACUCUUUCUGGGGACCUGGUGUCGUCACGAAUGCAUCCCAGCAGCAGCGGCAGCCGCAUCAACAAAAUGUUAUCGCGCUGCACCAGCAUCUUCAGCGUCAGCAGCUCCAGGUUCAGCAUGACAGGCAUCAGCAGAAUGCACAGAAGAUUGUGGGACAACAGCAAGGUGCCAGAUUGCGCUUGGCAGGUGCAACCUGUCUGGGCGUAGGCCUCCAACAAUCGCAAAGUUGGGAACAACAACAACGCACGCUCCUGAUACCUGGCUCUGAUCAGCAACACCAGGUCAUGCUGCCGCGACAGCAGCAACAUCAGCAACAGCAGCAGCAGCAGAACCAACCUCCGCUCUUCUUCCCAGCUGUAUCACAUGAGGACCUAGUCACAGAAGAGCAGCAGCAGCAGCAGGGCGUCAUGCAACUGCAGAGAAUGCAGUGGCUGGCCAUUCCGAAUUGA